CAAAGUUCCUCGGGGACCCUCAUGGGAAGUUGUGGCACUAACAUCACGGGCAUGGCCAGCUUCACACUAACGGGCUUCCCAGAGAUGGAGGGACUGGAGCACUGGGUAGCGGCCCUCCUCUUGCUGCUCUAUGCUGUCUCCAUCCUGGGCAACGUCCUCAUCCUCUUCAUCGUAAAGGAGGAGCAGAGCUUGCACCAGCCAAUGUACUACUUCCUGUCUGUGUUGUCCGUCAAUGACCUGGGUGUGUCCUUGUCUACUCUGCCCACGGUCCUGGCUACCUUGUGCUUUCAUGCACCAGAGGCUGCCUUGGAUGCCUGCCUGACCCAGAUGUUCUUCAUCCACUUUUUCUCCUGGACAGGGUCUGGGGUCCUGCUGGCCAUGAGUUUUGACCGCUGUGUGGCCAUCUGUAACCCCCUGCAUUAUUCCGCGGUGCUCACUGAUACCCGCGUGGCUCACGUGGGCAUAUCCAUCACCCUCCGCAGCUUCUGCAUGGUCUUCCCGCUGCCUUUCCUUCUGAAGAGGCUGCCCUUCUGUAAAGACACCGUGUUGACCCACUCCUACUGCUUGCACCCAGAUCUGAUCCGCCUGCCCUGUGGAGACACCACCAUCAACAGUAUGUAUGGCCUGUUCAUUGUCAUCUCUGCCUUUGGCGUGGACGCUGUGCUCAUCCUCCUCUCCUACGCACUCAUACUGCGCUCCGUGCUGGCCAUUGCCUCCCAGGAGGAGAGGCUUAAGACCUUCCACACAUGUGUGUCUCACGUCUGCGCUGUGCUCAUUUUCUAUGUCCCCAUGGUCAGUGUGUCCAUGGUCCAUCGGUUUGGGAAGCACGCCCCUGAGUCUAUACACAAGUUCAUGUCCCUGGUAUAUCUCUUUGUGCCUCCAGUGCUCAACCCCAUCAUCUAUUCUGUUAGGACUAAGGAGAUUCGUAAGAGGCUACACAAGAUGUUACUGGGACACCAUGAAAUACCUUCUAAAAUAAAGCCAGAGGAACUGGGUGAUGUGAUGACGGCCGAAAGAUCAUACAGACCCAAUGUCCCUCCAGGACCCCCUGCAUGUCAAAUUCACCAGCCACAACAAAGCGACAAAACAGAUAAAAACACAGAGCCAACACACUCAACGAGGUUAGGUGACAGCGAAAUCCUUGAAAAAGUGAGUGUGGCCAUACCACGAGAUGAGGAACUGUGUGGUGGGGUCAGUGCGGUGAAAGGGACUAAAAACCUUUACUCCAACGUGAAAUGA